AGUUGAAACCGCCUUCUUAGACUGCCCUCCUCCUUCUGCCACCUCCUCGCCAACCAGUCAUUUCUUCGCUUCUACCCCGCUACACUACACUUCCUCCGUCUCAUGGUUUCUCCAUUUUUGUGGGGGUUCUUGUUUUGUGACAGCCACAUGAAGUAAAGAUGGCUCCAGAAAAGGAGAGCAAUGGUCUGGACAACUAUGCAUUUGCACUUGAAGGCCGGUUCUGUGAACUGCAUGAAUCAAAACAAAGAGAAGAUGUCGGUACUCCAAUGGACGAACAGUGCAGCAAGUUGGCUUACUGCGUAACAGACGUACCACCUUGGUACUUAUGUAUUCUUCUUGGUAUUCAGCACUGCUUGACAGCCUUUGGAGGUAUAAUUGCGAUCCCAUUGAUCCUCUCACAAGGCUUGUGCCUCCAACAUGACGGCCUUACACAGAGUCAACUCAUCAGCACAAUCUUUUUCGUGUCUGGCAUCUGUACUCUGCUGCAAGUCACCUUUGGCAUCAGACUUCCAAUUCUCCAAGGUGGGACGUUCACAUUGCUAGCACCUUCCAUGGCGAUGCUGUCCAUGCCAGAGUGGACUUGUCCUGCAUGGACACAGAACGCCAGCCUGGUCAACACGUCUUCUAGUGAAUUCAUAGAAGUGUGGCAGACUCGAAUGAGAGCAGUCCAGGGGUCCAUAAUGGUGGGCUCACUUUUACAGAUGUUUAUUGGUUUCUCUGGUCUCAUUGGCAUCUUCAUGCGUUUCAUUGGACCGCUAACAAUUGCCCCCACCAUCUCUCUCAUUGGACUUUCUCUUUUUGACUCCGCUGGCGUCAGUGCAGGGAACCACUGGGGAAUUUCAACCUUAACCACUGUUCUCAUCAUCAUUUUCUCCCAGUACCUUCGUCACAUUCCUGUGUCAUUCCCGACGUACAGCAAGGAUAAAAAACUCAACUUCAGUCGUGUGUACAUCUUCCAGAUUCUCCCUGUUCUGCUCGGAAUUUCCUUGUCAUGGUUCCUUUGUUAUCUUUUAACAACCUUCAAUGUUCUUCCCUCCGAUCCAGUCCAGUACGGCUAUUUGGCUCGUACGGAUCUAAAAGGAGAUGUCGUGAGUAAAGCUCCUUGGGUCACAUUCCCAUAUCCUGGUCAAUGGGGGAUGCCCACCGUUAGCGUAGCAGGGGUGCUUGGCAUUUUUGCCGGAGUGAUUUCAUCCAUGAUUGAAUCUGUUGGGGAUUACCAUGCGUGUGCAAGGCUGUCAGGCGCUCCGCCUCCACCUAAACAUGCGAUCAACCGGGGGAUUGGUAUUGAGGGGUUGGGCUGUCUGCUGGCAGGAGCCUGGGGGACAGGAAAUGGUACCACCUCAUACAGCGAGAAUGUGGGGGCCCUCGGGAUCACAAAGGUUGGCAGUCGUAUGGUGAUCGUGGCAGGUGGGGUCUUCAUGAUCAUUAUGGGUGUAUUUGGCAAAGUAGGAGCCAUCUUUGCUACCAUUCCAUCUCCGGUCAUAGGGGGGAUGUUCAUGGUUAUGUUUGGGGUCAUAUCUGCAGCAGGAAUUUCGAAUCUCCAGUAUUCUGAUUUGAACUCAUCUCGCAACAUCUUCGUUUUUGGUUUUGCCAUGUUCUCGGGUCUGGUCAUACCUAACUGGAUAGUGAAGAAUCCUACUGCUAUUUCUACAGGUGUGGAUGCGGUUGACCAGGUGCUGCAGGUUCUUCUCACAACGAGUAUGUUUGUGGGAGGAUUCUUUGGUUUCUUGCUAGACAACACAAUUCCAGGCACAAAGCAGGAACGAGGCAUCCUGGCCUGGAACAAAGCUCAUGAGGGCAAUGCCGCAAACAACAUUUUGGGGAGUGCAGAAGUCUACGAUCUGCCCUUCGGCCUCAGCUCUUACUGUGCUUCUUUGCCGUGGAGCCGUUACCUCCCAUUCUGCCCAACUGGUGUGUCAAAAAACCUCAAUGGACGUGGCGAAGACAAUGUCACACAGGAACCAAUGAAGGUGCCCGGACAUCCAGAGCCUUCACAGAUUAUAGUUGGAGUUGCACUUUAAAUUGUGAACUCAGGUCAAGUCCCAUUUUGGGGAUAUAUAUAUAUUUUUUACACAUGGAGUGUAAUGAGAAACACCUAAAUUUGAACUGUGAAAUAUGCUGUUUCGCUUCACUGGAUUCCUAGAUUGAACUGACCUUCAAUCACUUAAAAUAUAGAAGUAUCAUAUAUAUAUUUAAUGUUGCCCACACAAUUAUCACAUUACAUUAUUAGUAUUGACAAAAAUGUUGGUAUUUUAUGAUUUAUUUGCUCUAACAUAAGAGCAGUGGCUAAUGUACAAUAUUAGAGGGAUAUAAACAAGGGCGUAGGUUUGCAUCAGGACUGUAGGAACAUAACACUAUCAACUUUUCAGGAUGCUCAAAUUGUCCCCACCAACUUUUAAGCAAUUUGCAAUGCAUAAUGAGUUCAAUUAUAUUGGUAAUUUCGAUCGUCUUCCCAUAUGUUGUAAGGAUAGAAUUGUCCUUACCAUAAUUAAGUGAAUUAUUUUCAUUAUAUUCAGACUUACAUUUACCCCCUUUUCACUAGCUGAAUGUGCCGGUCCAUUUUUCCCGCACGUCUGAUUGGCUAAUGACUUGCAUUUAUUUAUAAUGUAUUAAUUUAUUUUCUACAUUAUUUAUUUAAAUAUGUUAUUGGCAGCAUAUGCAGAAUUUUUGUCAGAUAAUCACACAUUAAUCAUAAUCGAUGUAAAAAGUUUCAUUUUUUUGUUGAGUUUGGUUGUGCUUGUGGACAAAAGCAGUAGUGUUUUACCCGAAGGAAGGCUCCAUUUUUAUUUAUUGUAAUUAUACUCUGACUAAAAAGUUUUUUUCAGUCAUAUUUAACUUAUUUAUUUAAAGAGACAAUGUUGAGUGGUCUUAAGACAAAUGUAUAUUUUUUUCCCAUUCCUUGUUAGAGAUUAUUAACAAGAUUGUAUUUAUUGUGUGUGUGUGUGUGUUAAUAUAAUUUAAGUUAAGUUCAAAUAUUGCAAUUUCAAUUAGCGAAUAAUUAUUUAUUCUGGAAGUUUUCGAAAUGUAUCUUUAGUAGUUUUUGAAAACAAACGUUGUAUGACCAGAACCAAUAACGUGAAAGUUAGUUUAAGUCAAUACAGAUUUAUUUUGCAUUGAUCAUUUAGCCUAUCAAUUAAUUAGGUUCAUAUUCGUGAAAAAUGUAGCUCACACCCCCGUUGACCCAAUCUAUUUGGUCUUAUUAAUGUCCCGUCCCCAGCAAAAAGUGCAUGCAGGUUAUGCUGUUUUAUAGUCCCUACCAAUAUAUUGACCAAACCUACGCCCUUGGAUGUAAAUAUGAAUAAAAAGAAGGUGUCUACAAAAUUUUAUUUAACAUACUUUCGAAAUAAAGUUUCGCUUGACCCGUUGAUCUUUUGUUGUAUUUCGGUAUCUGACCGCCAGAGAGCGCUACUUGACUACACUAUGUUGACAAAAAUAAUGGGGAACUAGGAAUCAUUUUUAAUUCAUUGAUGACGGCCUGGCACAUUAUGUCUUUCGUACAGGAAGUUGAUCUCAAAAGAAGUUUGAUGGGGUCGAGGUUAGGGCUCCAUUAAAAAGAAAAAAAAAAAAAAAAAAAUCAUAGUACUUACUCCCUGAAAUAAACCGUUACAAGAACGCAUAUCUAAAUUGGCUAGUGUGCUGUCUGUUAUUGACUUGUGGCACUGUAAUUAGCUGCACCAAGAAGAGGUUAC